CUUUCUCACUCUCGCAAGCCCCGUCAUGUGCUCUACCUGUAUAUCCACGCAAACAAUUCCUUUGCAAGUAAAAACAACUAUAUCCACGAAAUAAAAACACUGUUCAAAAUCAGCAAAGCUCUCUCUCUCUCUGGUCUAUUGUUAAAAAGUGGAAGAAAAAGCUUACCUCACUCUCCGCUCACCCUGAAGCACCAUUUUCAUUUUCUGUGAACACACACAUGAAACGGAGCGCAAAGUGUCUCUCUUGUUUUGUUUUUUUCUCAAACUAAACUACUCCUCUCCUAUAAAAUAAAAUUAAAACCCACCAAACAAAGCCCUAGAAAAAUAACACUCGUCUCUCUUAGAUUCUUUCGUUCCUCUGUCUCUCGCUUUCCAUUGCCAUGGAAGCUCUCAAUUUUCCCAGGUUUUGGAAACCUAGCUAUGGCGCUCACAAAAAGAACCAAGCUCAACCUUGUUAUGGAAACAGCGGCGCCACCCAGAAUCCAAAGUCUUUGAUUGUUUCAGAUCAUGAGUUGGAUGAAGGGGAGGACUCUUUCAUCGACUUGGAGCUUCCUUUGCAUGAGUUUGACGACAAGGCAAAUGUCCACGGUAACAGCCAUGAUGAGAACGAUGUCAAAGGCAAGAAAAGAUUCGACUCCAAGGAGGAGCGACCACUCCAUGAACCGGCUAAGAAUGGUGGUGAUAAAGAGCUCGACUUGUCACGGCAAACUCGUUCUUUGUCUCCAAAUGAUCACUUCUCCAAACGAAAGAUCAUACCCAUUGAGCCAAGCUCUAAGCCUCAAUCUCCCAUAGCUCUGUUAAAAUCAGCUCCAAAAUUUCGAAUCUUUACUCUUAAGAAGUCAAAGUCAAUGGCAAAUACUAGUAACACAUACAUAGCAGAGAAAACAGAGUUCAUCGGUAUUUCUAUGGGGACCCCAAAGCAUGAAAAGCAAGGCAGCAGCAAGCAUUUCAAAGUUAAAUUCAAAAUUGAGGAGUCUCCAAAUCUCCCAAUCUUCACCAGAGAAACUAGUUUACGGAAAACAAACGGGAAAAUAGAGGACUCGUUAUCAAAAAAUUCCUCAAAGAGAUUAUCGAAAGAUCGGAUACAAAAAUACCUCAAUAAAAUCAAGCCAUUGUACGUAAAAGUCAGUCAACGUGACAAGGUCUCAGGUGACUUAUCAACGUCUUCUCCAGCGGCUUCUCCGGCAACGAUAUAUUCCAUUAAGGAGAAACAGGGGGAUCUUUUGACGGGGGUUAGAGGGGUUUGCAAGCAAUUGGGAAAGAGCAGAUCAGCCUCGGCUGCAGCAUUGUCCGUUAGUAGGAGAGAUGAUUCGCUUCUACUGCAACAUGAUGGGAUCCAAAGCGCCAUUUUACAUUGCAAGAAAUCUUUCAAUUCAUCGAGAGCAGAAUCUUCUUGGUUGUCCAGAUGUACAAGUGAUUCUUCACAGGGGAAGUUAAGCAAUGCAUCUUCUACAGAUUCUUCUCUUUUGUCACGAGUUAAAAGCAAUUCUUCAUACGAGAAACUGAUGGAUUCCGCAAGAAUAUCCAGCGAAAGAAAUGCCUUAAAGCACCUGAAGCACUAGAAAACGCGGAAAACAAAAUGUCGUUAAUCAAAAGCUAUAGAAAGGAAACAAUGGAUAGAGACUUUGUUUUUUAUUAUAAUGAUGUAAAAGAAAUGAAAGCGAAAAAAAAGAAUAUAGAGAGAGGCAAGGAUUUUUGUUUGAUUGUUAGCUAUGAUGAGCAGUGAGCAGAGUAGCUUCAAUUAUGAAGGUGAUGGGCAAUUAUGAAGGAAUUGGAAGUACUCUAUGUAUGUGGAUUUUUGUUUUCUUUGUGUUAAACUAUGCUUUGGUCUUGUUUUUUGCAAUUAUCCAUUAUGUUACCUUUGAGAGGUGAGCUGAUCAUAUCUAAGAUGUGAUCAUUACUGGAUUUGAAGGACCUGAAAUGACUUGACAGUUUUCUCCACUUAUUCCUUGUUUCAUUUUCUUGGGUGAUUAUUUGCCUUUUUCCAGGACAAUUGGUAGUUUCUGGUGGGAAUUUGGUGGGAAAGGGGAGAAGUGGGACAAGGAUGGAAUGAGAAUAUUAACAAUAUUUAAACAAUUUUGCUACUUCAAAUCUUCCCUGUUCUAACAACAAACAUCGAUUCACACAUGAAAUUUCGGUAGAAAAGCAAGCCAAGUAAGUGAUGACUAAUGCAAGUUUGAACAGGAAACCAAAGCCAAACCAUGUAUAUUUUAAAAAUCUUGGUUCUUUCUUUGAAAGUUAAAACACAAAAAAAUGAAAGGGGAUCAUAUGAUAAUAUCUCUGCAGUUGCAUCCUGCUAAAAAGUAC